AUGGCCAUCACCAAUGAGUGGCCGGUCAGAGACAUUGUCUACUCCUCCAUCGUCGGGGUGGUCAUGUUGAUGGCCUGUCUCGAGUGGUUUCUCUGGGUCGCGGCCUUCAUGUACUGCUUGUUCAAGGUUUUUCGCAAAGCUGAGCACUGGUCCAUUCGCAUCCUCUGCAUCCUGGUCGGUAUUGCCUUUGCUUUGCUUCGCUUCAUAUUCUUACCCAUCAUGGUGGUGACACUGCCUCUUCCGAGUCAAAUCUCCAGGUAUUGGCCCAAGGCCGUCGUGUCUUUCCUGCAAUGGUUUGCUUUCUGGAGCUUUGCCAUUCUGCUCACGGUUCCCUGGCUGUUCUGCGUCUAUCAGCUUGUCACCAACCAACUCGGCCGUACUACGCGAAUCAAGCGGGUCCUCGACGACGUGACGGCUCCCAAGGUGGUCAUCGUCAUGCCCUGCUACCGAGAAGAGCUCGACGUGCUCAUCAAAGCCGUCAACUCGGUCGUUGACUGCGACUAUCCGCCGGCCUGCAUCCAUGUCUUCCUCUCCUUUGACGGCGAGCAAGUGGAUGAGCUGUAUCUCAACACCAUCCAAAAGCUCGGCGUGCCCCUGAUCACGGGCACGUAUCCCCGGAGCAUCGACGUAACCUACAAGGCAGCCCGCAUCACGAUAUCGCGUUUUCCACACGGCGGCAAACGACACUGCCAAAAGUCGACUUUCAAGCUCAUCGACAGCGUCUAUGCCAGGUAUCUCAAGAGGAACGACAAUCUCUUUAUUCUCUUCAUCGACUCGGACUGCAUCCUGGACAAGGUCUGCUUGCAGAACUUUGUUUACGACAUGGAGCUUAGCCCAGGAAACUCGAGAGACAUGCUGGCCAUGACUGGCGUCAUUACGUCGACAACCCGCAAGCACAGCAUCAUCACCCUGCUCCAGGACAUGGAAUAUAUCCACGGCCAGCUGUUCGAGCGCACGGUCGAGUCGGGCUGCGGCUCGGUGACAUGUCUGCCGGGGGCGCUCACCAUGCUCCGCUUCUCAGCCUUUAGGAGAAUGGCCAAGUAUUACUUUGCGGACAAGGCGGAGCAGUGCGACGACCUCUUUGACUUUGCCAAAUGCCACCUGGGGGAGGAUCGAUGGCUCACGCACCUCUUCAUGAUUGGCGCCAAGAAGCGUCAUCAGAUCCAGAUGUGCACGUCGGCCUUUUGCAAGACUGAGGCCGUGCAGACCUAUCGGUCCCUGGUUAAGCAGCGGCGUCGAUGGUUCCUGGGCUUCAUCACCAACGAGGUGUGCAUGCUGACAGACUGGCGGCUGUGGAAACGGUACCCGACGUUGAUUGUGGUGCGCUUCAUGCAGAACACGAUACGCACCACGGCCUUGCUAUUCUUCGUCAUGGUCCUGGCGCUUCUGACAACAGUGGUUAAGGUGGACAACCUGCCCGUCGGGUUCAUCGCCGUCUCCUUGGGUCUCAACUGGCUCCUGAUGCUCUACUUUGGCGCCAAGCUGCGGCGGUUCAAGAUUUGGCUGUACCCACUUAUGUUCGUCUUGAACCCAUUCUUCAAUUGGUACUACAUGGUAUACGGAAUCUUCACUGCAGGGCAAAGGACGUGGGGCGGGCCUCGGGCCGACGCGGCGGCGGCGGACAGCAACACAACGGCGCGAGAGGCAGCGGAGCAGGCCGAAAUGCAGGGCGACGAGCUCAACGUGGUGCCAGAGUCAUUCAAGCCAGCUCAAGAGGCGCGAAGAGCCGCCAGCAAAUCGCAGUCGCAGGCGGCCAUGCUUGGCCGCACUAGGAGCGUGGUGAGGCCCCCGGACAAGAUUGACGGCAAAUUCUCAGCUCGGCAGCGGACGGCAACGGGCACCUACGCGCACCCGGACGAGGCUGAGGCCGGCUCUUCGCUCAUGGGCAGGGUGGUGCCGUCUCAGCGGCCGUAUUACGGGGCCGGCGACUGGCGCGACUCGCUCGACAGCAUCGACUCGAGCCGGACAGAUGAGAAGGCGCCGUACGCCGGGGUCCAGGUCGACAGAUUCAUGGGAGAGGAGGACCGUCGCAAGUAUCUGAUUGCACAGCAAGCCCAGCUACAGCGUCCCCAGAGGUGA